UCGAAAGGCGGCGGGAGCCGGCGAGCGCGAUGGCCAGCCCGGGCCGGGUGCUGUGCGUGCUGGGCCUGCUCCUGUGCGGGGCGGCGAGCUUCCGCCUGUCCGCUCCUCGCGCCGCCGCCUCGGAGAAGCCCAUCAUCGGAAUAUUAAUGCAAAAGUGCCGUGAGAAAGACCUGAAAAGCCUGGGAAAAUUCUAUAUUGCUGCAUCCUAUGUAAAGUAUCUGGAGUCCGCAGGUGCAAGAGUUGUACCAAUAAGGCUUGAUCUUACACAUGAAGAAUAUGAAAAGCUUUUCCAUUCUAUUAAUGGGAUCCUUUUCCCUGGAGGAAGUGCUGACCUCAAGAAGUCAGGUUAUGCUCAAGUGGCCAAAAUAUUUUACAACUUUGCCAUACAGAGUUUUGAUGGUGGAGACUAUUUUCCUGUGUGGGGUACGUGCCUUGGAUUGCAAGAGCUUUCGUAUCUGAUUAGUGGCAAGCUCUUACUAACUCUCACAAAUACUGAUGGAAUUACAAUGCCGCUGAACUUCACUAAAGGUACAAUGCAAAGCAGAAUGUUCCAGAAUUUUCCUUCUGACCUCUUGCUGUCGUUAUCAGCAGAACCUCUGACUGCGAAUUUCCACAAGUGGAGCCUGUCCAUGACGAAUUUUACGAUGAAUGAAAAGUUAAAGAAGUUUUUCAAUGUGUUAUCUACAAAUACAGAUGGCAAGACUGAGUUUAUUUCAACGAUGGAAGGAUACAAAUAUCCAGUGUAUGGCGUCCAAUGGCAUCCAGAGAAGGCACCUUAUGAGUGGGGGAAACUGAAAGGCAUUUCCCACGCACCUAAUGCUGUGAAAGCUGCGUUUUAUUUAGCAGAGUUCUUUGUUGCUGAAGCUCGGAAAAACAGUCAUCAUUUUGAAUCUGAGGUUGAAGAGGAUAAAGCACUGAUUUAUCAGUUCCAUCCAAUUUAUACUGGAAAUAUUUCUUCAUUUCAGCAAAUUUAUAUAUUUGAUUGAAAGCCUUCAAUGUGUUAACAGAGGAGUUUUGAAUAAUUCCAUGAUUAAACUCUUAUAAUAACUUGCCUCUCAUGGCAAAAAUAGAAAGCCCCAGAGAUUCCUUUUCUCUGAUGUUAUUGGCUCUGAUCUUCAUUCAUUAUAUUUGACUGUAUCACAUUUGAUAAUUAACCAGUGAGACAGAUAAAUAAUCAUAGUGUAUUACAUGGAAAAGCUUUCUUUUAUCUGAAGAUUAGAAAAAAAUAAAUUUAUUGAAAAUACAAA